AUGAUGGGUCGUGUUCGCUGCAAAUCAUCAGAUUCAUGCCAAUACUCUUCCCAAUACGUCGACGAGGAGGAAGACAAUGAAUCAGGAAUCCACGAAGCCUGGGCUGAGAUCUCGAGUUGUCGGAGAUCAUUUGUCGCCGGAGGAGACAGUUGGAAGAAGCUAGAGAAGAAGAAGAGCCAUGUAUUGGUUGAAGGUUACGUCGAGGCUGCUUCCACGGUGGAGAAUCAAGACGAUCUGACGAGAUCUAAGAGCUUAACCGAUGACGAUCUCGAAGAUCUCAAAGGUUGUCUAGAUCUAGGAUUUGGUUUCAGCUACGACGAGAUCCCUGAGCUCUGCAAUACUUUACCUGCUUUAGAGUUAUGUUAUUCCAUGAGCCAGAAGUUCUUAGACGACAAGCAGAACAACAAUAGAUCAUCUGAAAGUUCGUCGGUGGACGAUUCUCCUUCUCCUCCGAUUGCUAAUUGGAAGAUCUCUAGUCCCGGUGAUAAUCCAGAUGAUGUGAAAGCUAGGCUCAAAUACUGGGCACAAGCAGUUGCAUGUACUGUCCAAUUGUGCAGCUGA